ACAGUCCGAGACACUCGAACUUCAUUGUCUCUGAAUUAGGGUUUGGUGGAUCGAGACCUUGAACAGAUUGUAUGUUGAUUUCUUGUAACAAGUCAAGUGUUAUAAGUUACGAUCAGUGAAUUACGCAUCAAACUUGUGGAAAGUUUUCUGGUCGUUUGAUUUUACUUGGCAUUGAAGUGCUUGCCGAAGUUGUGUAGAGAUUGCUGUGCUUAGUGCACCUGGAUGCCUCAUGAUCAGUUUUCUUCACGGAUACUGGGCACUUUAAAGUCUCGAUUGUUUCACUGAAGAGCGGUUUGAGUGAUUUCUCAGUGCCGUGUCUUGUCUCAUCUGUACACUUGCUACGUGGGUUACUCGUUGCGACAUUCUCGUGGUUGGGUGACUGCAGAUUUGGUCACAAUCAUGGUGGGUGCCAAUGUCAAGGCGGAGACGGUCACUAUGAUGGACAAACGAAAAGCCAUGGAGACAGAGAUGGAUGCAAUUAUCGCUCGUCUCACUGUGUCAGGAGGACCUGGUCUGCAGGAUAACCUAGUUGACGCUCAGGGCUUUCCAAGGGCAGAUAUUAACAUACCUGCGGUAAGAUCCGAUCGGCAGCGGCUAACAGCGCUUCGCAAUGAUCAUAAGGAGAUCACGGACGCGAUCGAAAAAAAUCUGGUUAUCUUACAUUCCGGAGGCUUCACGAGAGGGUCAUCACAGUCAGAUAAGCUUCCAGAGGCUGAGGUGGUGCGGCCAUCAUCAGGAGCAUCACCCAUGGAAAUAGCACCUGGGACUGAAAGCACAACCGCUGAAUCGCCUUCCCCGAUGGAUGAGGAUCCAUACGAAUCCAGUCUUCCUUUUGCAGUUUUUGAUGAUGUUACCCAAGGCUCGCCAGCAGCGAUCGACGGCAUCUUGAUUGGAGACCAGCUAGUGAGAUUUGGAAGUGUGGACAGAGAGGAAAAUCUCCUAUCCCGGCUUGCACAGGAGGGUCUCACCAACGAGGGACGAGGCUUGCCGGUAAUUGUGCUUAGGCGAGGUGAACGUGUAUAUUUGACAGUCACGCCCAGGAGGUGGUCAGGCCGUGGCCUACUUGGGUGUCACGUUCAGCCUCUAUGACGAUGUAUUUUUGAGAGACACAAGUUUUUAAUGCUACUGAUGUGGUCUUCAAUGUAUGGAGAGGAAGUGCAAAGGUUGCAAUUAGAUCUACACAUGAGUAUCCAAUCUGGGGCAACUUCUUGUUCUGAAAGGUUUAGUUUUGCUAAUGAGACUUUUUAAUGAGAGCAGGAAGCUUUUCUGAAUCAAACAAAUUUUUCAUAGUUCACCUUUGCAUAAACUAUGCCCAAGUUUGUAUCAUGUAAGAGUGGUGAGCGUUAGUAUUUAUGGACUUCUCAUACGUGUCUAUGCUUUUAGUUCUCCAUUGUUGUGUAUCAAAUUUAAAUAAUUAAGUUAAUCGAAGGCUUCAAACCUUUGUGCAAGAUGAAAUUUA